AUGUCUGCCGAGACCGCGGUUACACUGUAUGUUGACGCAUCCAACGGUGUCAAGUAUGCAUACCGUCGCAUCGGUGCCAAUGCUAGCAUCCCGCUGGUCAUGCAUAUCCACUACCGCGCCAACAUGGAUCUAUGGGACCCACUGUUCAUCAACACCCUCGCCCAGACGAGGGAGGUUAUCAUAUUCGACAAUGCCGGCGUGGGCCGAAGCACCGGAGAAGUGGCAGAGACGUUCCAAGGCUGGGCGGACCAAGCCAUCGCCUUCAUGGAAGCUCUGGGAUUGAACAAGGUAGAUUUCCUCGGAUUCUCUAUGGGCGGCAUGGCAGCCCAGCUUGUCGCUUUGACCGUACCACACCUCGUCCGCAAAUUGAUCCUAGCCGGCACGACAGCCUCGACCCCGAGUGCCGAACACGUCGAUGGAGUCGUCUGGCCACGUGAGCAGGCUCCAUCUGACGUUUUGAUGGCGCUCAGAGACGCGUCAACUCCAGAAGAAGGGGCCAAGUCUCUCGAAUUUUCCUUCUUCUAUCACGACAGCCAUGGUCGAUCGAAGUUUGAAGAAUACUGGAGACGUUUGCAGGAGAGAACGGCCGAGCCUCUGCAUCUGGAGUUACUGGACCGUGAUGGAGGAGCCAAAAAGCAAAUGCUGGCAGCUGUACACGCGUCCACGCCUGGCCCUUCAGGUUCAUUUGACAGACUCGCGGAGCUCAAGAUGCCGGUCCUGGUGGCAAACGGGGAUAAAGAUCUGUUGAUCCCAUCCAGUCGUAGUUGGGAGCUGGUCACCCAAAUUCUCAAUGCCCAGUUGGUGAUCUAUCCCAAGGCUGGCCAUGGAUUCAUUUGGCAAUAUGCAGAGCUUUUCGCCACGCACAUAAACCGGUUCCUUGACGGGUCAGAAUUCGAUGACAACUUGUCUGCCAAACUCUGAGUGGCUGGCGUCAUCAGGUGGCACGAGAGCAUAGAGAAAUAUCACCAUAACUCGUUCCA